AUGAAGCUACUUUUUCCCAUCUUUGCCAGCCUCAUGCUACAGUACCAAGUGAAUUCAGAAUUUCUUUUUAGGAAGUGUUUAAUGGGUUUUGGGAAAUGCAAGAGUGACUGCCGCUCAGAUGAAAAGGAGAUAAAGAAAUGCAAGAAGAAAAAAUGUUGCGUUGGACCCAAAGUGAUCGAGCUGAUUAGAAACUACCUACAGCAUGAAAUACCCCAUUUACCUGAUGAAAACCUUGCGGAAAUGCUCAGGAAUGAAAACAACUUUAGUGUCCUGAUGCAAAAAUCAGAUCAGUCUCCUGUCCUGUCCAAAAUGAAAACUGCCAGCUCUUUCUACAAUACCAAUUCCGCCAUCAUCCCAAAGGCCUCGCAGGAGAAACUCGGUGGCAGCAGCAGCAACAAGGCACCAAGACGCAAGACAAGCACGGCCACCUUGUCCAGGAGGGUCACCAAACAAAGCUCAAAGCCUGCCAGCGCCUCCUCACCACCACCACUACCAUAA